AUGGCCACACGAACAGUCGAAGGAAUUAGUAACAGUAGUACAACCAUUUUCAGUCGAGUACGAUAUCCAAGAGUGUUGGCAGAGAAUGGAAGUGUGGUGAGAUAUUCCCUCACGGAUGCCUAUGCCAAAUACUUGACAGUGACCAUUGACGAUGGUCAAUAUGCCAAGACGAACAAGCCAGUGUAUUACAUGCCUGAUUCGUCGAAACAAUUUGUGUAUCUCGUUACAGACAAGUAUAUCAUGAAAGUGGAUCAUGCUGAUAAGAAGGUCAAGUGGAAAUUGGCCUUGUCCAAAAUCAAAUCUGUCGAAUUGGUGAAUGAGCCACAUGAUGCUCUCAAAGUUGUGAGCAUGGAAAAAGAAAAGUCCGUAUUCGGAACUGGUAGCAACAUUGUUCGUCUCUUGGAUUCUCUGGAUAAGGAGUAUUUACACAAAUUCAAGAACAAGCUGAAUAUUGAGAUUGCCAGAGUGUUCAAAGAACAAUCUGAAUAUGAGAAUGUUGAUUACUAA